UAUCUUUGCUUCAUAUUCCAAGCAAAGAGUUAGCUAGCUGUCCUUAACUGUCUUUAUUAUUGAUCUUUCUUGUUCAUUCUAGUGUGCAAAAAUGGGGUUUAAGUCUUCAGACAAACCAUUGAGAAAACACAAAAAGGGUUUAUGGUCACCUGAAGAAGAUCAAAGACUCAAAGACUAUAUUCUUCAGCAUGGCAUUGGCUGCUGGACUUCUGUGCCCCUUAAUGCUGGAUUGCAGAGGAAUGGAAAGAGUUGCAGAUUAAGAUGGAUUAAUUACUUGAGACCAGGGUUAAAACGAGGAAUGUUUAGUGCUCAAGAGGAAAACAUGAUUCUGACCCUUCACCGAACCUUAGGGAACAAAUGGUCACAAAUAGCAAAACACUUGCCAGGAAGAACAGACAAUGAGAUAAAGAAUUACUGGCACUCUUACUUAAAGAAAAGGUCACUAAAAUCUGUACAAAAUGUAUCAUACACACAAGAAAAUGAAUCAUUUGUUACUGAUCAUACAAGCAAAUUUUCAACAAUUGAACAUAAAUCUCUUGAAAGUGCAGAACAAAUUCAAGAUCAAGAAAGUUUUUUUCAUAGACUUAUUUUUUCUGAAUGGCUUCCUACUGAUUAUAACAUUGAAGGAAACAAUGAGCAAAAUUUAUGCACAGAAAAAACAAUACAGGAUGAUUUUGUGCAAGGUUUCGGGUUUAAUGAAGGCGGUUCGUCGUUGAGUUAUGAUGGGUUUUGCCAUGAUCAUAAUGUAGGAGAUGAUUUAGCAUUCAAGUUUGAUGAUCAAGGUGUAUUAGGAAGUCAUGUUUUCAUGGAUUUUUCAGCUGGAGAAGUGGUAACAAGUGGGUUUUAUAUGUCUUGUAUGUAAUUAUAGUGGGAUUUAUUCUUAGAUUAAUGAUGUCUGUCGUGUCUCAGUUGGAUAGCAAAUACUAUUUUUCAAGAAAGUUUUUAAGUUCGAUUCUCAUAUAGUCCUUUUCCUUACCUCAGCUUGUCCUUAAUCCUAAGAAAUGAUGUUCAUAUUUUGGUUUGGUGGAAAUUAUUAGAGUCGUGCAAUCGGUCCAGACCCUACUAAAUCAUUUGAGAAGGGUCAUGGACUUGAAUUUGUUGAAAGGGUUUGACUAUUGACGGGUUUAUUUGUAAAGAAAAUUAGUGGGUUGGGACUUAAGAGGAAAGCGUAAAUAUAAGUAAGGUACUCCUAUUAUUUAUGUACAAAAUGAUUAUGCAUGGUAUUAUAGUAUAGUUUUUUCUUCCAA